AUGAGUGAUUUUAAUUUUAAUCGUGUUACAGAAAAAUCAAACCACAACAUCAAGUCAUCUCUCCUUGCAGAGCCCCCAAAAGUCAAGUCAGGGGAACUUUCUCAAAGACAAGAUUUUGAAGAUCUGACGUUAGAAGUUGGUACCAACAAGCUUUUUGGUAAUUCAAAUAACAACAUCGAAUCAUCUCCCCUUGCGAAGCCCCCAAAAUCCACGUCGAGGGAACUUCCUCAAAGACAGGAGUUUGAAGAUCAAACGUUAGAAGUUGUUACUCACAAGUCUUUUGACAAAUCAAACAACAACAUCAAAUCAUCUCCCCUUGCAAAGCCUAAAUCCAUGUCAGGGAAGCUUCCUCAAAGACAGGAGUUUGAAGACCGAACAGUAGAAGUUGUUACUCUCAAGCCUUUUGACAAAUCAAAUAACAACAUCAAGUCAUCUCCCCUUGCGAAGCCCCCUAAAUCCAAGUCGGGGGAACUUCCUCAAAGACAGGAGUUUGAACUUCAGACGUUAGAAGUUGUUACUCACAAGUCUUUUGACAAAUCAAACAACAACAUCAAGUCAUCUCCCAUUGCAAAGCCUAAAUUCAAGUCAGGAAAGCUUCCUCAAAGACAGGAGUUUGAAGACCGAAUAGUAGAAGUUAUUACUCUCAAGCCUUUUGACAAAUCAAACCACAACAUCAAGCUAUCUCCCCUUGCUAAUCCCCCUAAAUCUAAUUCGAGGAAACGUGCUCAAAGAGAUGAUUUUGAAGAUCGCCCGUUAGAAGUUGUUACUCACGAGUCUUUUGACAAAUCAAACCACAAAAAAAUCAAGUCAUCUUCCCUUGCAGAGCCCUCUAAAUCCAAAUCGGUGGGACUUCAUCAAAGACAAGAAUUUGAAGAACGAACACUAGAAGUUGCUACUCACAAGUCUUUUGAUAAACCAAACCACAAAAAAAUCAAGUCAUCGCCCCUUGCAGAGCCCUCUCAAUCCAAGUCGAGAGGACUUCCUCAAAAACAGAAUUUUGAAGAUCAGACGAUAGAAGUUGUUACUCACAAGCCUCUUGACAAACCAAACUACUCCAUCACUUCAUCAAAAAAGGCAUCUCCCCUUGAAGUAGUUCCUCACAAAUCUCAUGGUCAUUCUUAUUUUGUAACCAUAGUUAGUCCCUAUUGCCUCGUAAGCGAUACCUUGUUAAUUCCUGAAGAAUUUGCAUUGGCAAAUGGUCUAUUCAACAUCAAGAAGUGCGAUUUGAUUAUCAGAGAUGAAAACGAGAGGUUGUGGAAUGUUACAUUACGUACACAUAAUACUUAUGUUAUUAUUAAAGAUGGAUGGAAAAAAAUUCGCGAUGCACAUUGCUUAAAGGAGGGAGAUCACAUAAUGUUUGAGGUUGUUACUGGUGGAAAUAAACCAAUAUGGAAAUUUCAUGGCAAAAUUUCAGAAGAACUUGCAAGUAUCAUUCAACAGGAUAGACUGAACAAUGAAUGAAGUUGUUUAUGAUGGAAAAGAAAAAACAACAAUGAAGCAAUUGAACACCCCCACCCCUCUCUUAGAUCUCGCAAUUAUUAUAUUUUGUGUUCGCCUAUGA